AUGGCCUCUACCGGCAACGAAGCGACCAACAAAGCAAUACGGUUCCUCGAGCGUCCUUACCGAGACCUCGAUUUUGUGGUUUACCGCUUCGUGCACCCAUCCGACAAACGCGGGCUCCCAUACACCGACUUUCGAGUCAACGGCGAGCACGUAGGACUGCCCGGCCCCAAAGUCUGGGUCGAAGACUUCGCUCCCCAAUGGGGGGAAUUUCUUCUCGAUCUCGGAGAGCCCGUCUACGACAUCCAACACUAUCAUCCACUCGUAACACGCAUUGAAGGAUACGGAUUAGAUCAGGGACGCGUCAAAUAUCGGAAUCUACAACAAUUAUCCUUUCCAUGGGGCAUCGACGGCACGCUACCGGUGCAAAUAUGGGCGAAUCAAGUUUUUCGCGACGAUCACCGUUUACCAUUUGAUCCCAAGGGCAUGAGUCGCCUAGAUCUACAAUGGGAAUGUCGACGGAGAAAACUCUCAACCAAAGGUCGACGCUCGCACCUCAUCAUCCGCAUCAACAACGCCGAGAAAAAGCGACGCGUGCAAGCACUCGAGCCCACCGCCGCCGAAGCCCUCCGCAGACUCGAUGCCGUCACCCUCCCCCUAUACCGCGUGCUCGAAGCCCAAGAUGCAAAUCCAGGGCCCCCACUCAAACAACCUCCGUUCGACGUGGGUGAGAUCGUGCUCGUGUAUGGCACGCUGGCUGGCGAUGAUAAUACAUGUCUAGUGCGAGAUUACGAGGGAAACCGGGGACGGAUUGGAAAGGCACAUUUGGAGGAAAUCCAGAUGGCGUUUGGGUUGAAGGUGAAUCGGAGAGAAUUGUUGGAGAUUUUGGAGAGGUUGAGUUGGCCGGAUGAAGAGGAUGAGGAGGAGGUGGUUGAGGAGCCGGAUGCGAAUGCGCGAGCUGAGAAUGCGAUGGCGGCGGUGGAGGUUGUGAGGGCGGCUUUGGCGAGGACGGAGGAGCAGAGGGCUGUGGCGGAAUUGGCGGAUAGGGAGGCGGCAGGUGAUACAGGACAGGGGAAAGGGAAGUGA